AUGGCUCGCAUGUGUUUUGGAGCACACAUAUUGCGCCAGCAAGAAGCUGGCAUCACUGACUAUACCUCGCAUGCCCAACAAGACUAUCAGCAAGAUCUUACCUGCAUGUUCGCCUAUGCACAGUCCAAGGGGUAUUUCAGGAAAGGUACGGCAGCCCGCCACUUGAUCCCUCGUCUUGCAAAUAUCACUCCCCGAUCUAGACAUGACAAGAUCGCACUAGUCGAUGAGUUUGUCCAGCACUACGAAUCGGUCCAAUGUGACCUACUUUUCAUCAAGGAUAUCAUCACUGUUAAUCCCCAGGUCGAUCUCGAUGUCGUCACUACUAUACGUGAUUGUCUCUCUGCUCUUCACUUGUCUUUGGCCAAAGGUGUCAAAUGGCGCACCAUCAUGCCAUACACGCCACUGCCCAAAGCCUGUCUUCCAAUGUUGCGGGAUUUCAUCGCGAACCCCAAGCACUUCCGCUUUUUUGGUGAUCUCACGCAUACCGUUGUGGAUCUCGAGACCUGGCUUAAUCCCCCACCCCCU